AUGAGCUCAUGGAAAGAGCAGUGGAAACUCAUCGCUGUGACUGCUAUUUGCGCCGCUGCUGCUACGAAGUGCUUAGAUGUCGCACUGAAGCUACGCUCUGACGAUGACAGCGCAGCGAAGGCUAAGAUUCUAAAAGCUCUGGAGACUAAUGAAUACGACGAUAGCUUGUUUCGAGAGCAGCUUGCUCGAAACUAUGCGUUUCUGGGUGAAGAGGGAAUGGAGAAGCUGAAGCAGCAAUACUUUGUUGUUGUGGGCGCUGGUGGUGUUGGGUCAUGGGUAGUCACCAUGUUAGUUCGUUCCGGCUGUCGCCGUAUUAGGGUGAUUGAUUUCGACCAAGUUUCCCUCAGCUCACUUAACAGACAUAGUUGUGCUCAACUAAGUGACGUUGGUACGCCAAAGGUGGACUGUUUGAAACAACACCUGCUUAGAAUCGCUCCCUGGUGUGAAAUAGAGGCAAUCAAUGAACUUUGGACUAAGGAGAAUGCCGAGAGGCUUUUAUUGGAAGACGGUGAGCCCACUAUGAUCAUUGACUGCAUCGAUAACAUCGAUACAAAAGUUGACCUACUGGAGUUUGCGUACAACCGCAAAAUAGAAGUCAUCUCAUCGAUGGGCGCUUCAACUAAAAGUGACCCGACUCGUAUAAACGUGGGAGAUCUGACAACCACCGAGGAAGAUCCGCUAGCUCGAUCUGUCCGCAGAAGAUUAAAGAAGAGAGGCAUCACUACAGGUAUUCCUGCAGUAUUUAGCGCUGAGAAGCCUGAUCCUCGCAAGGCUAAGCUACUGCCACUGCCUGACGAAGAAUAUGAAAAAGGCCAAGUCGGAGAAUUAAGCGCGUUGAAGGAUUUCCGCGUGAGGAUCCUUCCAGUGCUGGGGACCAUGCCAGGCAUUUUUGGACUGACCAUUGCAACCUGGAUUCUGACCAAAGUCUCGGGGUACCCGAUGAAUCCAAUUGAGGGUAAGAACCGGAUCAAGAUCUAUGAUGGCAUAUACCAAUCGCUCGCCGGACAAAUGACCCGAAUCGGUAUGCCGGAUCAACGUGUCCCCAUAGCUUUGAAAGAAGUAAGCUAUAUUGUUGAAGAGGUCUUCAGGGGCAAGUCGCCCGUGAGCGGUUUCUCGACAAGAUUAACUUUGUCCAAGUGGGAUCCAAAGAAGCCGGUUUCCUUGCAGAACGUUGUAGUCCUGACGAAGGAAGAACAAAAGAUUCACGAAGACAGGGUGUUAAAUGGUGGUGAACCUUUGGAAAAGGUAUAUCCGAAGCAAAUUCUGGAUUUGGUAAACAAAAGGUUUCAAGAAGAAGAGUAUUACUCACAAUUUAGGUAG